GGGGGAGGGGGGCAGACAUGCCAAAUCGGAAAAGGGGGGUGAUCCGGGUAAAGGUGGUAAAUGCCCGUCCCAAUCCCUCUCCUCCGGUUCUCCAUCUCAAGAGGCACAAACAAGAGCAAGCUCAGUGCCCAACAGCCCCUCGCCGGACUCUCUCCCACAGAGAGGAACUCGGCCCCAAGCCCCGGAGACCCGCGCAGGCCGCCUCCGGAGGAGCCCCCGCAGACGCCAUACUAAAAGCCAAAAUGGCUGCCCGAAGGAAGCCCGCACCGCGCAGCUAGUGAGGGCUGGGUAACAAGCUUCUGCGGGAAGGGGGGAGGGGGGCUAGAGGAAGAGCCGUCGCCAGGACCAUCGCCCCCUCGAGCCGCACAGCAACCAACAUACAACCAGCUCAUUCAAUCUUGUUCAUUUGCGAGGGGCCUCAGAGCACGUAAAAAGUUCAAAAAUUCUGUACUGCCUCAAGACCCAUAUACAUCAAGAAAAAUUUGUGAGAAGGUGUGACUGAUCUCCCUUACGUUGGCAUCAAAAGAAGAGGAGCAUACCCACUAAUAUUUCCUGCUGCCAGGAGCUGUAACAUGUUGCUGUACUUUACUGUGAAAUUCAGUAAAGCAAAAAGUGCUCCUGGGCAAAGGGCAGCCAAGCAGUCCACCUGAAAGGCUCUGUGUUUACCCUGACACCUGAUCGGAACAAGAAUGAUACUAAAUUCAGAUACGUGUCUGAAAACUUGCCUUGGACAGCAUUUGCUGGGUUCUGGUUACAGCUACCCCUCGCCAUAACUUUUGAAAUAUAUUUGGAAAAAUACUGGCCAGAAAAAAAAAUGAUAAAAUUUUUCCUCAUGGUGAAUAAACAAGGGCAGACCCGGCUUUCUAAGUACUAUGAACAUGUGGAGAUUAAUAAGCGUACGCUUCUGGAAACAGAAGUCAUAAAGAGCUGUCUCUCUCGAUCCAAUGAACAAUGCUCUUUCAUUGAAUAUAAGGAUUUUAAGCUGAUAUAUCGGCAGUAUGCAGCUCUCUUCAUUGUGGUCGGAGUUAAUGACACUGAGAAUGAGAUGGCAAUUUAUGAAUUCAUCCAUAACUUCGUUGAAGUUUUAGACGACUACUUCAGCCGAGUGAGUGAAUUAGAUAUAAUGUUUAAUUUGGAUAAAGUACACAUCAUUUUGGAUGAGAUGGUGUUAAAUGGCUGCAUUGUGGAAACGAAUCGGGCAAGAAUUCUUGCCCCUCUACUAAUUCUUGAUAAGAUGUCAGACAGCUGAAAACAGAAAGGCUCUGCCAGACAACGUCGACUUACAGGAAAUGAGGACACCAUGGAAUACCUCUCAACAUCACUAGCCCAAAAGAUUCUGGAAGACCAAACGCUGCAAAAUGGGCUGUCCUUCCAAAGACAUUUAAAAUAGGUGUUUUCCACAGUUCCUAAACGGAAAACAAAACUAUUUUAAAACAUGAUGCACAAAGAAAAUUUUUCUCUAAACGGAGAGACAAGUUUUAUUUUCUGAACAUAAACAUUUUUUUCUCACUUGUUUAGAUUUUGCGGAGUACUGAGGGAAACUCUUUUGGUCUCUGCUUCCCUUUGCAAAGGGAUAAAUUCAGGAACAGCAUCAUGGGGUGGGAAGAAAAUGUGGCACCUCUCUGUUGGCCAAUAAACUUUUAAAAUUGACUUGAACAUGCAGAGCACUUUGAAUAAUACUGUUUUCUGAAUGCUAUCUUUUUCCUUAAAGUCAAAAUGUGUGUACCUAAUGAAAAUUGCAGAAUCAAAUAUUCUUUGCCAGUUUCUAAAAGCCUGAUAUCCAUUUUAUGGGUACUUGGCAAUUACAAAGACAUCAUGUAAUUAACUCUAUAGAGAAUGUUACUACCUAAUAAUGAAUCGCUAAGACAACCAUUAUAGCUAUCCUAUAUGCCAUAUUGUAAAGAGUUAGUCUUAUUAGUAAACUUAUUUGUAAAUGAAAUUUAGUUCGAAGUUUAAAAACAGAAUGCAAGAGAAUAUAUCUCUGUUCAGGUUGCCAUGAAAUGACUCCGUCUUCCCCUCCCUUUUAUUCCUUCAACCCCUUCUCCUGGAAUGUGUUGAAGCAAAGAAAACUGCUAAGUCACUAUAGAAGAGCAAUGCUCUGAUCCUCCCAAACCUUUCUGUAUAUAUGCUUUUGCUUCGUUAACAGUAGGAGAUACAGAGCUGUCUUAAGUAAAAGCAUGUUCAUGUGCAUGUUAGGGUAGGAGGGCAAGUACAUUGGAGGACACAGAAAUAUAGUCUUGAUACAUGAAGACACUGUGCCAUCCUAUGGAAUUC